AUGGCUUCAUCAUCUGGAACUAAAAAGGUGAAAGGGCCUGAAAAGGUUUAUGUAAGGGACGAGGACUCUGAUGAUGAUCUCAUAGUUUUCUCUUUCCUGGAUUUUGCACCAGAGACCUUUAAACCAACCUCAAACCUUUCUGAUGACCCAUUUCUUAACAUAUUAUGUGAUGAAAAUAUGCUAAGGAGCACUCUUGAUGGAUUGGGAGAUGAUGAUCAGGAAGUUGGUGUUAAGGAUCUAGAAUAUGAUCAUAUUGAUGAUCAAAAUGACGGUGAAGUAGGUAUAGAGCAUAGGGUUCAUGAUCCAGACAUACAUUGGAAACAAAUGAAGCCUGUAGUGGGAGAGUGUUACGAGUCCCCUUCUCAACUCAGUUCUAACUGGUUAGCCAAACAUUACCUGAAGGAUAUUAUUAUGAAGCCAAAGAUGACAUUAACUGAGAUGAAGGAAGAUGUACUUAGGAAGUUUUCAGUAAAUGUAUCUAAGGGGCAAUGUCACAGGGCUAGGACAAAGGCAAGAGAGAUGAUAGAAGGUAAGUUAGAAGAACAUUAUGCAAAGGUAUGGGACUAUGCUGCAGAAAUCCUCAGGUCUAACCCAGGGAGUACUUGUAAGGUGGGAGUAGAUUCUAAUGCAAGUGGCAUGAACUAUUUCAAAAGGUUUUAUGUGUGCUUAAAGGCUUUUAAGGAUGGUUGGAAUAGGGGUUGUCGACGUGUGAUAGGUUUGGGUGGUUGUUUCCUAAAGGGUCAGAUCAAGGGAGAACUUUUGACUGCUGUUGGAAGAGAUGCAGACAAUCAUGUAUAUCCAAUAGCAUGGGGAGUGAUUGAUGUAGAGAACAAAGAUAAUUGGACUUGGUUUAUUGAGCUGUUAGUUGCUGAUCUUGACCUUGAUUGUGGUAGGGGUCUUGUGGUUAUUACCGAUCAGCACAAGGGUUUACUACAAGCUGUUACAGAACUACUUCCAUAUGUUGAACAUAGACAAUGUGCCAGGCACAUCUAUGCAAACUUCAGGAAGAAAUACACUGGACCAAAGGGAGAUAGGGGAGGGAAUUUAGUUGUGAACAUUGCAAAGACACCAAGGAAUGUAGAUAAGGGAAAGAAGAAAGUUGUUGAGGAAACAUCAAAAGAAUUAAAUGAGGGACAGAAUAAAGUUGUUGAUCAUACAUCAAAAGAAGCAAGUGAGGGAAAUAUGAAAGUUGUUGAGAGCACAUCAAAAGAAGCAGGUAAGAUGAUAGAUGUUGAUCAGUCAUUUUCUCCUUUGAAGAGAAUGAAGAUGAUGGCAAGGAGGGGAGGUAAGAUCAAAUAUGUAGGGAGAAUAGGGGUUGUGCAUGGUAGUAUAAGUCAAAAUGUGGCAGGUGUUGAUGAAGCUGUACUUACCUGCAAUGAAAAGCUUGACCAUGAAGAUUUUGAAACUAUUAAAGAUCUGCAGGCAUCUGGAUAUGAUCAUGGGGAAAUUGUUGAAGCUUUUAAUAAGUUGACAAAAGAGAGGAAUGAGAUGUUAGUUGAGAGUAUAGUUGAUGAAGAGACCAGUCAAGAAACACAAUAUCCGUUGGUAAGAAAAAGGAAGCCCUCAGAAAGGAUUAUCAAGAUUAAGUUGAGAAAAGCAAUACAUGAUCCAGAUGGAGGUGGUUCAACAACUGGGAAAGCACUUACAUUGGACUGA